GGGGUGUUUCCUCUGCUCUCGCGAAUCGUCAAUUUCCAAGAAGGACACGAGGAAAACGAGUAUUGAUAGAAAAAUUAACCUCUCUGAAACAACUGAUCAGCCCAAAAACUCACCAGAAAGAUCGUGUUGAUGAUUUUCGAAUCUCGUGUUUUGAUAUUUGGACGUUUGCUUGUGACCUUCUCGGAUUCGUUUGAUGAUCUUAUGCGGAAAUUUGGUAUUUUUUCCUUUUGAAAUUGGGUUUGAUGAAUUUCGAUUUAUGUGUCUCGCUUAUUGAUGGAUUUUCAAACAACCAUGUUUCUUAGAGUGUUUUGUUUCAUGAGCAAAUGUGUGAUGUUGAAUUUAUACGCAAGCGUGUGUCUUUCUAAUCCUGUUUGCAUCCAAAGAUUGGAAUUUUUUUUUAUAGAAUUUAGGUUUUUAUGUUGAGAUUGGAUUGCAUCAUCAAAUGCAGACAUCAUAUCUUUGUCCUGUAACUAUUCAGAAUAUGUUAUGAGAGAUACGCGUAAUGUUAGUUCGCCCAAGGUUGUGAAAGAGGAUCGCUCCAUUGCAAAUCCAGCUCAUGUGGAGACCUCAGCAAACGAAGCAGAUGGCGGUAGUAAGAGUUCUCGUGAUGGGGAGUCCAAAGCGCGGACUUUUACCUUUGCCAACUUAGCUGCGGCGACCCAGAAUUUCAAGGAGGAAAAUUUCCUCGGAGAAGGGGGAUUUGGAAGAGUUUAUAAAGGUCGUUUGCUGGACACUGGUGAGCUUGUGGCUGUCAAGCAGCUUGAUCGCGGUGGAUGUCAAGGGAUUAGGGAAUUCGUGGUUGAAGUUAUGACUUUAAGUAUGGCUGACCACCCCAAUCUUGUUAAGUUGAUUGGCUAUUGUGCUGAGGGUGAUCAGAGGCUGUUAGUCUAUGAGUACAUGCCUCUAGGAUCUCUCGAGGACCACUUACACGGUAUGUCACGCCCAGUUGGAAACAUACAGUUUCUCGUUUCCCUCUUCACCCGACAUUUUAGCUGUGCUACAGGUCCUAAACUGAAAAGGAAAAAGCUGGAUUGGAACAUAAGGAUGAAUAUUGCAGCUGGUGCAGCCCGGGGCUUAGAGUAUUUGCACGACAAGAUGAAAACUCCCAUUAUUUAUCGAGAUUUGAAGGGUUCCAAUAUAUUGUUAGGGGAUGGAUAUCAUCCCAAACUAUCUGACUUUGGUUUGGCUAAAGUCGGCCCUUCCGGUGAUCAGACUCAUGUCUCCACCAGAGUUAUGGGCACAUAUGGAUAUUGUGCCCCUGAUUAUGCAAUGACAGGUCAACUCACCUUCAAAUCGGAUAUCUAUAGUUUUGGUGUUGUUCUCCUUGAGAUCAUCACGGGGAGGAGAGCCAUUGACAAUAGAAAAUCUGGUCCAGAGGCAAAUCUAGUCUCAUGGGCAAGGCCGCUAUUCAAGGACCGCAAAAGAUUCCACCAAAUGGCUGAUCCGUCGUUGGAAGGGCAUUACCCAGUGAGAGGGCUAUACCAAGCUCUAGCAAUAGCUGCAAUGUGUGUCCAAGAGCAGCCAAACAUGAGGCCCCUCGUUGCUGACAUUGUCACGGCCCUCAACUAUCUUGCCUCGCAGGCCUAUGACCCGAGUGUCCACGGUGUCCAAGGCCCCGAAACUCCGCGAAGCAGAUCAAAAGGAUAUGGCCAACGCAACGACAACGACAACCAAGCCCGGGGAAGGCAGAGUAUAUAGCUGCUUCCACUCUCACCAUUUUUGACCAUCAGGGAGUUUACUCCCACUCAACUCUGUAAAUCCACACUUUUGGGGAGAGAUAGAUGUUUACAAGUUAUUAUAACAUCGGCUUUACUAGUGUAUUUAACUAUUUAUUCAACAAUUUGUUGCUGCAUACAGACUACAGGGAUAGAGAGGCUGUUUUAGAGCUAUUAUUGCCUUGGUACUUUUAUGUUGGUUUUUACUUGGAUGGAGGUGCAAAUGUGCAGCUUAUAUCUUUCUCGCUUUUUUACA